AUGAGCGAGUCAGACGAGCCACGGCAACCCUCCGUGGCUGUGGCCUUUAUGGUUGAGCUGGAGCAAGAAAUGAGCCGUACUGAAGUGGAGGUUGUUGAGAACGAAGAGCGCAAGCUACUGUAUCGGCGCUACAAGGCCGUUGUCGCCGUUGUGGUAGCCAAACAAACAACGAGUGUUGCCACCCCUAAUCACGACGGUUGCAGCGAAGUUACAUCCCCCUGUGGUAACGGUCCUGUGGAGUUGUCGGUUGCGGUGGGGGAGCGGCGGUCAGCGACGCGACCGUACAGAGCGGAAACAGAUCUUCGAGAGCGGCAACCUCCGUCCGAGGGACCGAAAGAGGAAUCACUUUUGAUGCCGUGUCGCAGCUCGUCACCGCUUACGUGGUGGGACGGUGUACACAACGAGGAGACGCACCUUUCUAGCUGCAGAAAUAGGUGCUCCUCAACUUGUAGCAAAAUGACUGGUGGGACGACAUCGCACCGGAGCAACGGCCUGUAUACUUCACCCGGCAGGAAGGCUAUAUGCUGCAGUGUCUCUCUUUCAGUGUGUGGUGGUAGAAAAAAUAGAGGAGGCGACGAAAGGCGGCGAUGGGACAGCAGCAGCAACCUUCACAGUAAGGCGGCAGCAACGCGCUGUGUGUCGCCUUCUGUCAAUGAUCCUCUCGGCCUGAACAAACGCGUCUUUCGUGCCAAGGCGCGGCGCCAGCACCCAACAGCUAUGCUGCAUCAUUUAGAGAGUGAAGAGAAAUCUCAUUUGGAAAUUUCUGCUUCUGUUUCUGCUUCAGCUGCAAUGCCAGUUUCUGCUAUCCCACGUCCUGCCGCUCUCAUCACGGCCCGCUUCAGGCGGCUCUACUUGCUGCAGAAGCUUCUCCGUGUGGAGCUGGAGCGGGAGGCAAUGGAAGACUGGCAAGUACUACGGGAUGAGUUUGUGUGGGUGGGACGCAAACUAAUGGAAGCUGCGGCGUCGGGGCCGAGCGGGUUAAGGUAUUCCGUGCUUCACAGUGUAUGCAAGAAAGAUGCUCGUUGCAAGGCCACAGCGGCAUCAGAAGCUUAUAGUUGGGAAAGAGAAAAACGACGCCAGGAGCGGCGCUUUCAAUCACCUGACUUCUACAGCCCUCACAAUGGCCGGGUGACGUGGAGGGCUGCCGCAUGA